AUGGGCUGGAAAUCCUCUCUCAAACAGCUCCUAUAUAGCACUACCACCAACGAUAGAUAUGCUGAUUACAAAUCGAACCAAACAACGAUUAAAUCGGAGGAUUUUCUGGCUAAGAAUAACUCCGGUACAUUUGUCAAAGCCUCAUUGACAUCAUAUCCUGACGACACACUAUUCAAUAAACUAUCAGUGGAUCCAGUCAAAGCUGCUGAAGGAGCAGAAGGCACUGAGGAAGUCGUUUUUGCAUGGCAAUUGCUUGACGAGUGGUGUUCGAAACACGAACUAUCCUCCAGAUUUGCUAAACCUGUGACAGUCCCCGACAUAAUUUGUGCUCAAAAAGAUUUGGGAAUUGAGUUUCCCCCUUGCUUCGUCAAAUCCAUUUCCAUCCAUGAUGGUCAAGAGUAUACCGAAUCUAGUCAGGAUUCCAGUGGGCUGAUAUUCGGGUUAGAACUCAUGUCCUUGGACUCAAUUAUCUCUAUGACCAAAAAUUGGAGAAAAAUCACAAACAAAAUCGAAAUGGACCUGGCGAAAGCUAAGAGCGCCCACAGCGUUAAUAACAUCUCCCAGCCACAAUUAGGGUAUUUGAAGAAUGAGAAUCACAAAUCCGGCCACUUGUCAAGUUCUCCCUUCGACGACUCGACACAGAUCAAACCGCUAACUCUACCACCACAGCGUUCUAUACCAGAAAAGACAAUCAUUCCUAGUUACAGUCACUCGAACUGGAUUCCGGUGCUAACGGAUUAUAUGGGGAACCAUGUGGCUCUGGAUCUUGCUCCAGAUGAGAAAGGAACAGUGGGUCAGGUGAUACUGUUUGGGAGAGAUUUCGAUACCAAAUAUCUGGUUGCUCGCAAUUGGGGAGAUUUUUUAUUACUCGUAGCUGGAGAUCUCGAGUCGAAGAACUGGAAGUUGGAUUAUCAGAAUGAUAUGUAUGGGACUUUUGCUGGUUUAGCAUACAUUGACCCACUUACUAAGCAAGAGGUAAGUUACUUUGAUGUUUUGAAGAAACGGGUGUUGGAACAGCAUAAGGAAAACAUUGUCAACAUCACCAGAUGA